AUGCUCGCGUCCUCCCAACUGCCGAUUUGCCUGUUCUUCUACCUUUUUGGGAUUCGGCGGAGCACACUCGAAGCACGACACACCAAGCCGCCCGUGGUGACGACGCAUCCUACAAGUCAACCUGAGGACAGUGUGAGCAUUUUAGAGUCUGCUGCAACCAAAUGUCGCCGCCUAGACCACUAUACUGAAUCUGAGGAUGUCCGACAAAACACCUUGCAGCGAGUUUCAUCAGAAAACUCUGCUCGUAUCGACGUGGACAAUCGCGACCAUUGCAGCUGUCGCAAGCCAACUAACUCGGCUAUGCUGGUGGUUGGUGGUGGCAAUUGUGUUUGUAGUGGUGGUGAGCGUGGUGGCAGUGCACGAAAGCUAAAACUGCCCCCCAUGCACACGGCGCUGUCCCAACGCCAAACGGAUUUCAGCCCUGGCCAAAUGUACGGAGUAGAAAGAGUUGAAACUGCUGCCAAUGAUUGACCAGAUGAGGCCUCGUCUCGCCGCCAAACAGUUCCGCCCCGCGCAGUCCACGCGGGAGGACAAAACUCGAUGCGUUCUACUCGAGUCUGAGUUUGAAACCCGGAAGUUUUCCCAUUAAGUGACGGGUGUUGAGACGCGUGUGGUGUCAAAGCUCGCAGAUCGUCAAUCACGGUCCGCUCUCAUGGGGUCAGUCAAAAGGCAGAAAGACUGGCCCGAGACAUCGGCCCUUAGACAUGCCAGGGCUUGAGAUAGGACAUCAGCAUCAAGCGUGAUAUAAUCGAAAAGAACAUCUUUCACCAAGUCGUCGUCACCAACUCCACAUUGAUUU